AUGGCUCUUCAACAAUCACAACAAGUCUCGCCGGCCGACUCUUUACUAUCGGCCCCCUGCGACAGCUACACAUCCCUCUUCGACUCGUGCAGCCCCGAGCACAACUCCGUCAUGAUGGAGAUGAUGAGUCCCGAAUCAUAUACCGGCGAGAGGUCGGAUAGACUAUCACCUGUCCCCGAAGACCAAGAACAAGACGCCGGCGACGAGAAGAAAUCUACGAAGAAGCGCAAGUCCUGGGGUCAGGUCCUUCCUGAGCCCAAAACCAACCUGCCGCCAAGGAAGCGAGCCAAGACAGACGACGAAAAGGAGCAGCGUCGCGUCGAGCGAGUUCUUCGAAACCGCCGCGCCGCUCAGUCCUCCCGCGAACGCAAGAGACUCGAGGUAGAGGCGCUUGAACAACGCAACGAGGAGCUCGAGGCGAUGCUUCUCAGCGCCCAAAAGGCCAACCUCAUUCUCGUCGAGCAACUCGGCCGACUCCAACGCGACUCUGGUGUUGUCACCCGCGCGCCAUCGUCGCUGGACUCACUCUGCGACAACCAAAUUACUCUAUCACCUGAGCUUUUCUGCUCCCAAGAUGGUCAUACCGCCGACGCCAGAUCCGCCGACGACCUCGUCAACGAAUUUUUGAUGGCGGCGAACCCCACUGUCAACCCCAUAGCGCUCUCUCCCGAGCUUGGCCCCAAGAAGGAGGCCAUCAUCGAGUCCAAAUCUUUGGAACAAACUGAGACCACCUCUCCCGACCUGACACAAUAUCCUGCUGCGAUGUUGUCCGACCUGCAGUUCAUUCCCAAACUCGAAGACUCUGAUGUCGCCUCUUUUGGUCUGGACUCUACAGCUCAGGAUGCUGCUCCUUUCAGCAUCAGCAAUAAUAUCGGCCUGUCAACGGCCGCUCACGCAGAUCGCUAUGUCCUCGAAAGCGGGCUUCUCGCUUCUCCCGAAUCCUCAACUUUUGACGACGAUUAUAUGGCUGGUAACUAUUCCUCCAGCUUCGCGGAUCAAUCAUUCGAGCUCUUCGACAUCAACGAAUAUCUCAACGACGAAGCAAACCAUGACGCCUCUGACAUUAUGGCAGCGAGCAACUUUGCCACUGCGGACCACGGUCUCGACUUCAAGGUCCACGACUUUGAGACUCAAAUCUCUUCUCUGGCGCGUCCCUUGAUGGAUGCGACGAUGGUGGCAUUGCGGUUGGUAUCCGAGAGAGGCGACAAUCAGAUCGGGAACUUAAAGCGCGAAUCCUCUGGUACGCGCGACCAAGAUUGUGAACUGACUAGGUGUUUACGUGGCGCGGAUUUGCCGUCCAAGGAAGUCUUGUUGACAUUACUGUGGACUCUCAAGAAGGAAUCCCGACGGAUCAAGCACAAGGACGGCAGUACGACAGUUGACGAACUGGAGUCUGCCUCCCAAGAGGAACCAACCCAAACAUAUAUACCCAAGGUGGCGGCUAGGAAGCAGCCGAGACGACGAACAGGUGGUGUUGCCAAAAGGUAUCACUUGUCUUAA